UUUUUCGGCAGAUUUCAAUUCACUCGUGUUUCGCGGAUUUUGUUGUGUCUUGAUAACUUCGUGAUAAUGUCGAGCAAAGCCAAGGAUGAACCCAAACUGCCUGCAGAUGGUAUUAUCCGAGACGUUGCAACCGGCAAGAGCUAUCGCAGAGGAAAAUUUCUUGGCAAGGGUGGUUUCGCCCGUGUGUAUGAGCUGACUUGCGUGGCAUCCAACCAAACGUUUGCUGGUAAGAUAGUGCCGAAAACUUUACUUCAAAAGCUACACCAGAGGGAGAAGAUGAAGCAGGAAAUAGCUAUUCAUAAAUCGCUGAAUCACAAACACGUUCUGAAGUUUCACUGCAAUUUCGAAGACGCGGAAAAUGUGUACAUUGUAUUGGAGGUUUGCCGGAAGCGGACCUUGAUGGAGUUGCACCGCCGGCGGAAAACUGUCACUGAGCCUGAAGCGAGGUACUUCAUGCAUCAAAUGUGCGAUGCAUUGAAGUACCUUCAUGAAAGCCGUGUUGUUCAUCGGGAUUUAAAGCUUGGAAAUCUUCUUCUGAAUGAUGAUCUUGAGUUGAAAAUCGCUGAUUUCGGUCUCGCCACACUAAUUGAAAAGAACGGAGACAGGAAAAUGACGAUGUGUGGUACACCAAAUUACAUUGCUCCUGAAGUUUUGACGAAAGUUGGACACGGCUUCGAAGUCGACAUCUGGGCUUUGGGUUGCAUCUUGUACACUCUAUUGGUGGGGAAACCACCUUUUGAGACGGAAUCGUUGAACGAGACGUACGCGAGAAUAAAAAAGAAUAGAUAUAGCAUCCCUGAAACUUUGGAGAAAGGCUGCCCGUCCGCAGUGGACCUGAUUAAACGCAUGCUGAAGGAUAAUCCUUUCGAACGACCUACCAUUGCCCAGAUCCUUGCUUCAAAUUUUCUCAACGAGUAUUUCCCGAAGAGUUUGCCAACGUCGUGUUUGACAAUGGCUCCUCGUUGCGAUACGGUCAGUUUGAUGAACCAAACAGCUUUGAUGCAGCAGAACAAGCUGCCUGCCCCGAAGGCUCCAACUGCUAUUCCGCAAAAGGGAUUCAUGAAGCCUAUUGCUCCUUCAAUUCCCGAACGCGUUGCAAUUGAUGCCAAGGAGAAUGACGUUCAGCAAGCUGGGCCCAUUGGGAAGGAGAUUGCUGGUCCCGCUCUGAAAGAUACGGAAGUUCCGAAAAUGUUCUACCGCGCUAUGCUGUUGCAACUACAGGGACAAUUGCAGAAUGUUUUCAGCUCGAGGCCGAAAGUUCCUCUUGGUCAAGACUCUCCCUACUUGGGUAAACAGAGGAUGGAAUGCUUUGUAGAUGACGCUGAGGACCCUGCUCUCGCUCCCAUGGUAUGGGUCAGCAAAUGGGUCGACUAUUCCGACAAGUACGGCUUGGGUUACCAGCUGUCGGAUGAUUCCUAUGGUGUGCUCUUCAACGAUCGCACCAGAUUGAUCCUCCUCCCGAAUGGAUCUGAUUUGCAUUAUGUUGGACGCGAUUGGGCGGAACAGUAUCAUACCGUUGAGAAUUACCCGCAGCCUUUGGCCAAGAAGGUGAAGUUGAUCAAUUAUUUCAAGGACUACAUGAACGAGCGGCUCGUCAAAGCUGGUGCGAAGCACGUUAAAAGUGACGGCGAUGCUCUGGCCAGAUACCCAGUCAUGCAGCAGUGGUAUCGAUCGAACCGCUGCAUUUUGAUGAUGCUUAGUAACGGGACAAUCCAGAUGAACUACUUCGAUGACCAUGUGAAGAUCAUCUUGUGCCCGGUGAUGCAAGCUGUGACGUAUCUGCCUUCUGGCGAUAACUUCAGAACCUUUUCGUUUUCUGGAAUCACUCAGAACGGUUGUACCAUUGACAUGUACAAGCGGCUGAAGGACGCUUUCCAUCUCAUCCAAAAAUUGAUGACUAUGCCGGAAACCGAAGUCAAUGCAUGCAAUUCUGUUGCGAAGCCAUCCGCUGUCAAGUGCUGACCGAUUAUGUACUCGUGAACUCAUGAUGUUGGAAUCAGUUUGUCGUGGGAUUUUGUAAUUUUUGUGUGCAUUUGCUUUUCGCAUUGUUAUAUGCUGAGAUCGUUACGCGAAUUAUUCCAUGUACAUCUGGCGAGGAGUGAGGAAUCCGGGUGUUGGGAAUGGGGCAAUUGAAGAACUGAGGCAAGAGUUCGCCCGUGAAAAUAGGAAGAUUGGAAAUUCAAGAGACCAAAUGAGGAAUGAGCGCGAAUUUCGCUUCCUUUUUUUUCUUUGCGCAGUCCUGUUGAAUGGCUUGACAGAAAAAUACUUAUCAAAUUUUCCAGGUUA